AUGCAAGAUACACUUCACGGUCGUCACGAGAAAGGCGAAUUCGCGCCGUUAUCCCCGUUUGUCGACGACAAAGGCAUCAUCCGUGUCGGCGGACGUCUGGAUGCAGCGUUAGUAUCAUAUGACACCAGGCACCCUAUUCUGUUGCCAAGCGACCACCGAGGAGCCCUACUGAUAACGCGUCACGUCCACAAACAUGGAUACCUCGGAGUCGCCGCCACCACACCAAAAAUCAGAGCCAAGUACUGGAUCGUCAAGGGCAACAAGCUGAGUAAGAUUGUGAAGAAGGAAUGUGUGUUCUGUAAACGACUAGCCCACCAGACAGAGACACAGAUAAUGUCAGCCCUACCUCAGCUCCGGCUAGCGCCCUACAUCCCACCGUUUUUCCACACAUCGUGCGACUAUUUUGGUCCUAUCAAUGUCCGGAUCGGCCGAAACAAGUCCGACAAGUAUUAUGGAGUAAUCUUCACGUGUCUGAAUACAAGAGCUGUGCAUUUGGAGAUGGCCGUUGACCUCUCCACCAUGGAUUUCCUACAGGUCCUCCGCCGAUUCUUCUCGAUCAGAGGAUACCCAGCCACAGUGUUAAGUGAUAACGGCAGCCAAAUGGCCGGCGCAGAAAGAGAGCUGCGAGAACUAAUCAAGGGUCUAAACGACGAUCAGCUGCGCCAAUUCAACGCGGAAAAGGGCAUAAGGUGGAUCUUCAUCACCCCAGCCGCACCUCACCAGAAUGGCUGCGCGGAAGCGUUAGUCAAGACAUGCAAGACGGCCCUCAAGAAAGCAGUUGGCGAACAGACCCUCACGCCAAUGGAGCUAUACACAUGUCUACUUGAAGCUGGAAACUUAGUGAACCAGAGGCCGAUAGGACGCAUCCCUAAUGACCCAGACGACGGGAAGUACCUCUGUCCAAAUGACAUACUGUUAGGCCGGGCCUCCUCAGACGUACCCCAAGGUCCAUUCAGAGAGACCCCCAACCCGCGGCAGAGAGUGGAAUUCGUCCAAAAGGAUCGUCGAGUCCUUCUGGAAACGAUGGCAUCGAGAUGUGUUCCCGGCACUUGUGCCAACAAAGAAAUGGCGCUCAGAAAUCCGGAACGUUCAAGUCGGGGACAUUGUUGUAGUAAGUGA